GCAACUUAAGAGACUUUUGUCAUGAAUAGUAGAUAUAUUCUUUUUGUGCGUAAUAUUUCUUGGACUAUUUCUCAUAGUGAUCUUGAAAAAUACUUUGCAACAUUUGGUGAUGUGAAAUUAGCAAGAGUAAAAUUUAGCAAGCUAGGAGUAAACACAGGCAAGGGAAUCGUAGAAUUCUAUGAUAGAAACGCUAUGAAGGCUGCACUUUCUACUGUACAUAUACUAGAUGAGAGGAAAUUAUAUAUUGAAUGGAAUUGUAAUAUGCAAGAUUUUGCUGAUAACAUUCUAAUGCCACAUAUUGAGGAACACAAAGAUAAUUAAAAAAUAUACAUAAAGAUAUAAUCUAAUAAUCAGAAAUAUUUGAUAAAUA